AUGCUGAAGCUCGUCACAUACACUCCCAGGAUCGCAUCGAAACUGCUGCACAGCUCCUCCAAAAUGUCGCCAGCUUUUACUCUGUAUGGCGCCCGCGGUUCGACCAACACGGACCGUGUCCGUCUAACCCUCGCUGAGGGUGGCUUCACAGACUACGAGCUCGUUCUCAUCAACCUGCACAAAGGUGAACAAAAGGUGCGUCAACGAUAUCUUCUUCUCUUUUCUUCUUCCUCCCACUAUGAAGCUAUCCCUUACGCUGCCGCCUACCAUCAGUCCGGAGAAAACCUGAAGCGUCACCCGUGGGGUAAGGUUCCCGUCGUCACGUUCCCCGACGGCUUCACCCUCUACGAGAGCCGCGCCAUCGGCAAGUACCUCGCCAAGAAGUACUCAUUCCCGCUGCUGCCCUCGGACUCUGACGCCGAGGCUGCGGCGCUGUUCGACCAGGCGCAGUCGGUGGAGACGCUUUACUUCGCCGACCCGGCGGGCCGAAUUGGGUACGAGAAGUUCGUCAAGAAGUUCAUCGAGUUGCCCGCCGACGAGGCCGUCGUCUCAGCCGCCCUGCGGUCCGUCGAGGCGUUCUUCGACGUCGCGGAGCGUGCGCUGCAGCAUAGCGACUACAUGGCCGGGAAGGACUUCACCCUCGUCGACAUCAACUACAUUCCGCUCGUUCAACGGCUGUUUGCGUGCGGAUACGGAGACGUCAUCCUCGGCCGCAAGGCCGUGCAAGCUUGGUGGGACCGAGUCAUCAACAGGCCAGCCAUCCAGCAGCUGUUGACCGCGGACAGGGAGGCUAUGACCGCCGCGCGUGGAUAG